AUGCCGGUGAUAUUUGCAAAUUCUCAUUCUCGUCCACGUUGUUUUGAAGAUUUACCUGACGAAAUUUUAUUGUCAAUCUGUCGUUAUUUAUCCCCAAUAAACAUUCUCGAUAGUUUUCUUCAUUUGAACCAUCGUCUUCAUCGAACGAUCGUGUCCUAUCGAGAAAAAAUCUAUUUAUCUCAUUUAUCUAACAAGGAAUGCUUUCAUCUUUUAAACGAUCAUUUACCUAAUCUCGCUCCGACUGUUUCAUACUUAUACCUCGAUACUUGUUCAAUGUUGAACAUCGGACGCAGUUUCGAAAACAAAUUCAACCGGAUUGAUCAACAAUUUCCCUCUCUUCGUCAACUGAUCUUCCGACAGAUCGAUAUCGAAACAUUAGAGAAUCUUGCUUGGCGGUUUAAUACCAUGAAUUGCUUGCAGGAACUCGACAUUGACAUCGGAGAAGAUCGUUUGGCAUCACUACCUACACAAUUCAACGAAUAUCUCUGUGGGAAAUUAUUCAGCAUGUCGAACUCAUUUCAAAAAUUACGAUUACAUUUUAAUAAUUAUUAUUUUAAUCUUCAAUCGAUCAGAACCAAAUGCGAAAAACUUCGUUGCUUAACAAUAUCUGUGAAGACAUUCGAAGAUCUGUUGAUUAUUUUCGAAUACUUUCCGAAUCUCGAGCAAUUAGAUGUGACAUUCGCUUGCGAUUCGGCAUGUUCAGAACAGAAUAAUCAUUACUCAUUCGGACAGCUUUGGUGGAAAGUUCCUUAUUUAACUUAUUUAUGUUUAAAUCUUGAACAAAAAGAAUUGAAUUCGCACGAUGAUGUUAUAUCCAAUGAAAUUCUCCUUAAAACCAUUUCGAAUAUUUUCUCCUUGAUUUGUGUCAAAUUUCGAAUGGAUCUUCGAUUCAAAUCUUCACUCACAUUAACAACAACGAGGGAAGUGUAUGUAAAUAAAUAUUUUCCAUAUGUUGACGGUUCAUUAUGGCAGCAUGCUUUGCAAAGGCAGGAUAACCACCAUCCGGUACAUUUUGAAUUACAUGUCGAACUCGAUGGAAUUGGAAAUCAUCGAUAUAAAAACAUCCUGGAACGAGAAUCGUGUUUCACAGCACAAAACAAUGACAUUGAUUUCUAUUCAUUUCUCAAGCCAACAUUCUCAAAUGCUUAUUGGUUACAAAAGAAUCUUGAUAUUCAAUGUGUAACCACCAAUUCGAAGCAUGUUUCAAUCUACACAAUCCCAUUAGUCACAUCAUCCCUUUCGACAAUGGUCGAUACAAUCGAUAAAGUUAUCUCGGUGAACUCUUUCCCAUCAAAAUUUCACCAAACAAUUCAACAACUUCACAUUCAUUCCGACGUCGGUAUCUCCUCACCAAAAUUACCGAUAAAAAAUCUCUUCGCCAAAAUGCCUUAUCUCGUUCAUCUCCAUACCGAUAUGGAAUUUAUUUUUCCUCCAACAAUUGUUUCCUGUUCGAAUUAUUUAACUUCCUUAUCACUUCAAAAUUAUUCUCUUCUCUCUUCUUUCACGUUACUUAGUUAUUUGCCCAAUGUCAAAACGCUUUCACUCACAAAUUUCUAUUGUUCAAAAUCAAUGCUGAAAUCGAGUUUAAAAACAAUUUCUUCAGUCAAACGAUUGAAAAUUGUUUAUAAUCCGACUGAUGUACACAACUUAACGUACAUCACGGAAUAUUUCCCGAAUAUUGAAGAAUUUUCUCUUGUGGUGUCACAUAGUAACAAUCGAUUAGUUCUAGAGUAUGGACAGCAUGAAAAAUAUGACUUAUUUUUGAAGGAUUUCCAGUUUUUACGUUUUAUUGAGCUUGUCGUACCAGCGAAAGCCGAUUCAUUUCCAUUCCCUAGAUGGAGACAAAUUCUAGAUUCAAAACAAGCAAUUUAUGAUGAAAAAUCGCAAAAUGGUCUGCUGGUAUUCAAAUCCUGGUUUUAA